UGCAGGAGACACCCAGAGCUUUUCAAGCACUGGAGAAGCAGAGCCAGCAUCCAGGAAAAACCAGCUGCGCGAGGCAUUACGAGGAGCAGCAGAUUAGCGAUUUCAGUUUCCCGGCACUGGCACCUUUCUCUCAAUGUUGUGGUUUUGUGUGUUUGUUUUAAGUCCACGUUCACUUCCCCAAAUUAGUUUCUUUCCCUCCCGAAGAACUGGAAGUAGACGGUAGCUGGUUGUGCUGUCUCUCCUCGUAAUAGGAGAGAUUUUAACAGCCCAAAAAAAACUCAAUACGAAGCUCAGAACAGUUGUGGCUUGUUAUGCGAAGGCACAUCUUGGAAUCUGGUGUUGAUUAAAGCUUCUUAGUAAACCACUGUUUAUGCAAAGAGAAGCUAAAGGAGGAACAGUAAUUUUUUAACAAGUACACUGGGCAUUUCUCUCUCUCUCCUCUUUUUUUUUUUAUUAACCUGAGAGGUCCUGGAUAAUUCUGUUAGAUCUUUACAGUGGAUUUUUCAAGGAGACAGCAAUGUUGUUUUGGGGAUGAAUCAAAACCAUUGAGAAAAGGAAAGACUGGCUUAGGAGCACGAUGUUUUGUCUAAGGUAGCUGUUUGGCUUCAAAAAGGUUAUUUUAAGGCUGAUUUCUGGCGUUGGGUUCAGCCCGGGUCCAACUGGAAGAAGGCAAUGAAGAUUUUCCAGCACAUCAGCAAUUGCCCGCUUGCUUGUGCGGCUUGGAAGUGGCACAUUCAGGAUCCAGCAAGCCAGCGGUUGACCUGGAACAAACCUCCAAAAAGUGUCCUUGUGAUCAAAAAGAUCCGAGACGCCAGUCUUCUGCAGCCCUUCAAAGACCUCUGUAUCUAUUUGACAGAGGUGAACAACAUGCUGGUUUAUGUGGAGAAGAAAGUGCUUGAGGACCCCGCCAUCAUGAAUGAUGACAGUUUUGGGCCUGUGAAGAAGCGGUUUUGCACAUUCAGUGAAGAUUAUGACGACAUCUCGGAUCAGAUAGAUUUUAUCAUCUGCCUGGGUGGAGAUGGGACAUUACUGUAUGCUUCGUCGCUUUUUCCAAGGAGUGUCCCCCCAGUUAUGGCUUUCCAUUUGGGGUCCCUGGGCUUCCUCACCCCCUUCAAUUUUGAGAACUUUCAGUCUCAAGUCACCCAGGUAAUAGAAGGCAAUGCGGCCCUCGUUCUCCGAAGCAGGCUGAAAGUGAAGGUUAUUAAGGAACACCGGGAGAAAAAGGCAGUGAUUCAGAAUGGGAUUGAAGAAAACGGGCUGGUGUCUUCAAGUCUGGAAAAGGAAAUGUUUAAGCAAGCAACUCAGUAUCUGGUCCUGAAUGAAGUGGUGGUCGACCGAGGGCCUUCCUCCUACCUUUCCAACGUGGACGUCUUUCUUGACGGCCAUCUUAUUACCACCGUUCAAGGAGAUGGUGUCAUUGUUUCCACACCGACUGGCAGUACGGCAUACGCAGCUGCUGCGGGCGCGUCGAUGAUCCAUCCGAAUGUCCCUGCCAUCAUGAUUACCCCAAUCUGCCCUCAUUCCCUGUCCUUCCGGCCCAUCGUUGUCCCAGCUGGAGUGGACCUGAAGAUCAUGCUGUCUCCGGAUGCCAGGAAUACCGCGUGGGUUUCGUUCGACGGGCGGAAGAGGCAGGAGAUCUGCCACGGGGACAGCAUCAGCAUCACAACCUCUUGCUACCCUCUCCCAUCGAUCUGCUUCCAAGAUCCCGUGAGCGAUUGGUUUGAAAGCCUGGCCGAGUGUUUGCACUGGAACAUCCGGAAGAAGCAAAAUCACUUUGCUGUCGACGAGGAGGAAGAGUUUUGAGUGUUGUUGGGUACAGGCUGAGCUCACCCCUGGAGGAGACAGCAAGAUGGGACUGUCCGUGUAUAUAAGUGUUUCAAGCCUGUAGCUGUUGGGAGUAGACCAAGAUAAUGUGCUUCUCCCUCAUCGAUAUAUAUAUCAUAUAUAUAUAUAUAUAUAUGAUUUUUUAAAACAAAGAUAGCAACGUACCUCAGAUCAGUCUGUUCUACUGAUGACCAGCUAUCAUGUUAAUUUCCUGCCUUGUUAGGGAACCCUGGGGAGAAGAGGAACGGGUAGAUCAUUGGCUUGUGUGGGCCAUCAAAGAAAGCUAUAUCUUUCCAAAAAUGUGGAGUGUGUUUUCCGAGCAAUCAGUUUCAUUUCUGGCAAGGAAAGCCAUAUUAAAAUGAAUGGCAUUUGCUCAGUUGGGUCCCAAAUACUGGCAAAUCCACCGAUGGGGUGUGAUCUCCAGGGGCUGUGGUGGUGGUGGUGUUGCGAGUCUGGCCAUGGUUUGCUAUAAGCAGUGUCUUAUCUGUUCUGCAAACUUGCCACAGACGGACCUUUUCAUUACAACUGCUGUUCAUCCUUCAUUUCUCCCCUUUCUUCGAUUUACAAAAAGGGUGUUCUGAUUUUUCAAUGGCUGUUGAAAACCCUUUUCCCUUUGUGUUUCGAUGUCCAUCUUUUUAUAUGUCUUGUGUGAUAUAUCUGUCCUUGAAGGGACCAAGGCAAGCAGGACUCCUGUUUUCAACCAGCUUUUGGCAUCUUCCGAAGUCAUUUUUCUUCAAUUGGUUCUGGAUGUGAGAGCAGCAGACAAAGUCUGUAGGGACGGGAGGUGUUUCGCCUUCCCUUUGAAGCACGCGUGGGGGUGUCUUUCUGCGUGUCAAAACUCUCCUGGCCUCUUGUGUGAAUUCUUUGCUUCUGAAGUAAUUCCAACAUAUUGUUCCAAAUCCACACGAGUAUUGCGGGGUUGAAAAUAUACCCUGGUCUGGAAAAUAAAAGCAAAAACCAAAAAUUCCCAUGUAGAGUCUUUGGGGGUUGCUCCGUUUUCUCUUCCAAGUGCAUCAAUUUCUGUUGUCGGGAUUCCUGUAAUUAGCUCUCUCAAGAGCCCCACAGAUUUGGACGGCAUUGACAUGGCCAAACAACGGGUGGAGAUUGGAAGCCCUGAUUUUUCAGCUCUUUGGAGACAGUCCUCUGGAUUUCUGCAAGACACAGAAAUAGCUAAAGGCUCCAGUCCUGUGGCCCCGUCUCUCUGGGAAUUCAGCCUUGCCGAGCUGUUUCCUGCUGGACCACGUGAUACAAGGCUGAAACUGUUUGAGAGAAGACUGCCUUCAAUAGCUUUUGAGUCCAAACGAGAAUGAAGUUUGGUUUGAUGUCAAACCACGUGAAUGUCCAACUGGAGUUUAAAAAAAAAAUCCUUUGCUUUUCCCCCAGUGUCUUCAACAUGCUGUGUGUCCUUUUUCUCUCUCUCUCUUUUUUUUUUUUGCUGCUGUUAUAAUAUUUUCUGUUGUUGUUGUUGUCUAAGAUUCUAUCUCAUGGAUAUGGGGAAAAGAAACAUGGCUUUUACAAAGAUUAAUAAAAGGGAUUUUCAAGAAUGGGGAACAUCCAGACUAAAAUACUUUUUUAAUCCUCCACUAUUACCAAAUUCUACUUUGUUUUCAUUCAGGGUGAGCCAGCACAGGAGAAAGAGGUCAUUCAGUGACUUCAGAGAACUGAUAAUUGGAAGUCUGGUUUGGGAUGCCUUGCGUAUUUUUUAAAAAUCCCCAAAUCCCUGUCAUGAAGGAAGUUGACAGCCCCGACUUUUUCUUGCACAAAAGGAGUUGGAUAUUCCCAUGUUGGUUAUUUUUGAAGGCAGGGAGAGUCCCAAAGGGAUGUCCUUUUAAAAUGGGGCAGCUGCCUCCUUCCUUAUCCCCCUGUCUGAUGGAAGUACAGUGUAGGCUGUUCAGGUUUCUCCCUGCUGUGGUAUCGGCUUCAUCUGGGCAGUCCAAAUUUGAUGGAAAAGGAACAGGCAGGAUUUUCCCCAAAGAAAUUCACUGGCAUUUUGUCAGGGAUUGGCAAUCUUGCGUGAAAAUGUGUCUAUCACAUAAUUUUUUUACAGCAUGCUCAGUAUUGUGUAAACCCCUCCCACCUUUGCACGCAGAAAACGUCUUCAGGUCAUCCAAUGCCGGCUAAAAGUGACGCUUUGCAAAUGUUUUCUAGCAUCACAAGCUUGUUUGUUUUACUUAGUGGGAUUUUUUAAUUGUCGAGCAAAAUACAGCAAGCUGCCACCCAUCUCACACUUCACUGGCCAUUCAGAAGGCUGUCCCACUAUGUUGGUGAGAAUUUUUAAGACAUCCUUUGUAUCACUUUUUUUCCAAAUCUACAGAUAUUUUAGCUGGCUGGUUGAAUUUCAGCCGUGCUUUCCAAACUGCAGGGGUGUGGCAUUUUAACUUUAGAACAAUAAAACCAUCAACAUGGCUAGCUUUCCAAAUACUGUGUAGCUUGCUGGGGGUUGGAAAUGAAGGAUAUGGUUCUGUGCCAGAGUAAGGAAAUUACUUGUUGAAACAGUUUGCGAGUUUCCAUGCAGAAAAAGUGUUUUGUUUUCUUCAUCUUCCACUCUGUUCCCUUACCAAUGUUUAAGCCACCAUGGAAUAGAGAGUUGCUAGUUGGGUUUUCGUCCUGAGAUGCAAUAAUGAAGGAAAAAAAGGCUAAAAGCCUCUGAUGUUGGUGUUGAUCCAGGAUAUCUUGGCUUGGCCAAAAAGAUUCAUUGAAGACA